AUGGCCGACCUCCCGGCCCAGCCCAACUUGCGCGUCACCAUCAUCGCCGCCGACGGCCUCUACAAGAGAGACGUCUUCCGUGAGUUCCCCUCCACUGCCCGCUGCCCGCUGCCCGCUCCCACCAUCAAUGGCGAACAAACAAAGACGACGGGCGUCAUCAAGAAGACGCUCAAUCCCUACUGGAAUGAGAGCUUUGACAUAGCAAACGAAGAGAGCAUUCUCGCCGUUCAAAUCUUUGACCAGAAGAAGUUCAAGAAGAAGGAUCAGGGUUUCCUCGGUGUUGUCAAUGUCCGUGUUGGCAGUGUCAUCGACCUGGACGCUGGUGGUGACGAAAUGCUCACCCGCGACCUUCGCAAGAGCAACGACAACCUGGUAGUCAACGGCAAGCUCAUUCUCAACCUGUCGACUAACCUUCGUCCGGCUGCAACUCCCGCCGCCGCUGCGACCGCCUCUCGACCCAACGGCGCCGCUUCAACAACCACACUGGACGCCCCUCCUCCGGCGAGCGCCUCGGCUUCGCGCCAGCCCAGCACGUCGGGCGAUACAUCAGCUCCGCGCACUGCCGGUUUCAGCGCGUUCGAGGACUCCCAAGGCCGCUUACCUCCAGGAUGGGAACGAAGAGAAGACAACCUCGGACGCACAUACUACGUCGACCACAAUUCCAGGCAGACCACAUGGGUCCGCCCAACCGCCAAUUUCAAUGCUGGUGAACAGCGCCAGGCCAACGAAGCAGAGACGCAAGCGCAGCGUGCGCGACACCAGAAUCGCAUGCUGCCUGAUGAUCGUACAGGUGCCAGCUCACCAACUUUGUCGGGCGGUCAAAAUUCGCCUCCUAAUGGUGCUGCCGCCGCUGCCGCUGCCGGAACUUCUAACCCUCAGGCAAUGUCAAUGAUGGCUACUGGUACUACUACUGCUGGUACAGGCGAACUGCCUGCCGGUUGGGAACAGCGCCAUACACCAGAAGGCCGCGCCUACUUUGUCGACCACAACACACGUACUACUACAUGGGUCGACCCCAGGAGGCAGCAGUACAUCCGCAUGUACGGUCAAAACGCUGCACAAGGCACUAUUCAACAGCAGCCUGUUUCACAGCUUGGUCCUCUGCCCAGUGGAUGGGAAAUGCGUCUCACCAACACUGCCCGCGUCUACUUUGUCGACCACAACACCAAAACCACCACCUGGGACGAUCCUCGCUUGCCGUCAUCACUCGAUCAGAACGUGCCGCAAUACAAGCGUGACUUCAGAAGGAAGCUCAUUUACUUCCGUUCUCAACCAGCUCUUCGCAUCCUGUCUGGACAAUGUCACGUCAAGGUCCGACGUUCUCAUAUUUUCGAGGAUUCAUAUGCCGAGAUUAUGCGCCAAAGUCCUAGUGAUUUGAAGAAACGACUGAUGAUCAAGUUCGAUGGUGAAGACGGUCUCGACUACGGUGGUCUCUCUAGAGAGUUCUUCUUCCUUUUGUCUCACGAGAUGUUCAACCCCUUCUACUGUUUGUUCGAGUACUCGGCCAUCGACAACUACACGCUACAGAUCAACCCUCACUCCGGUAUCAACCCAGAGCAUCUUGGCUACUUUAAGUUCAUUGGGCGUGUUGUAGGUCUCGCCAUUUUCCACAGACGCUUCCUGGACGCCUUCUUCAUUGGAGCUUUCUACAAGAUGAUUCUUCGCAAGAAGGUCAGUCUUGCAGAUAUGGAAGGUGUCGAUGCCGAUUUCUACCGCACCUUGAGUUGGACUCUUGACAAUUCCAUCGAGAAUGUCAUUUUCGAGCACUUCUGUGUCGAGGACGAAGUCUUUGGCGAGAAGGUCACCAUUGACCUCAAGCCUGGUGGUAGAGACAUUGAAGUCACCGACGACAACAAGAGAGAAUACGUCGAAAUCAACAAACGUGUCGAGGAGCAGUUCAACGCCUUUAUCCAAGGGUUCCACGAGCUCAUCCCGUCAGACCUUAUCAACGUCUUUGACGAGCGUGAACUCGAGCUUCUCAUUGGUGGUAUCUCAGAAAUCGAUGUCGACGACUGGGCCAAGAAUACCGAUUACCGUGGCUACGAUGAGAAGGAUCCCGUCAUCCAAAACUUCUGGAAGCAAAAAUCUCGCCUACUGCAAUUCGCAACCGGUACCUCGCGUAUCCCCGUCAACGGCUUCAAGGAUCUGCAAGGAAGUGACGGACCCCGUCGCUUCACGAUCGAAAAGUCGGGCGAAGAAGGUCAAUUGCCCAAAUCGCAUACUUGCUUUAACCGUCUCGACUUGCCGCCGUACAAGACAUAUGAAGCGCUCAACGCCAAGCUUCUAUGGGCUGUCGAGGAAACGGUUGGGUUCGGACAGGAGUAG